GGAAGGUAUACGGUGUAUAGGCACCCAGGGUCGGGAGCUGAGCCUACUGCCCUCCGCCUUGCUGACGACUCGUCCCGUCGUUAAAUAUCCUAUUUAUCGCAAACCUCCCGCUAACUUACUUCUCUUCAUCCCAUCAUUGUUGAAAUACGUUCAUUUCAGCGACUCGAUCAUUGACUCGCAAGCUAUCCAGCCGACUCUCGCUCAUCAAGGUAUCCCCGAGUCAAACGACAGCCCUCAGUCAUACCUUAUUCAACCACCUGAGCUUUUGCCACCACACCGAUCCUGUUUAUUUGCCAGGGCAACGACAAGCGGCGGCUCGCUGCAAAACAAACAACAAGUACUUACCUACGCAACACAAAACACCUAUCGCCGCCAUGGGUAACUUUGGUCGCUACGUCUGCGUGGCGAUACCGUUCGCGUUGACGCUGGGCUCCAUCGUCGCCAUGCUAAUUGGAGGACUGGCUGGCGUUGCCGACAAGAGCCUGUACAUGUUCCGCGUCGACCUAACGAAUCUCUCCAUAUCUCCAGCUUCUGUUACCAACCUCAUCAACUCCCGGAGUCCGGAAUCGGUCGGCUUCCACGACCCCACCCUACUCGAGGAAGGCUCACCCGAAGGAGCCAAGACAUCAAACAUCACGGGCGCCGACCUCGGUCUCUACGAGUUGUACGAUAUGGGCCUGUGGGGCUACUGCUACACGCCCCAGAAUGGCACAAAAGUGUGCACGAAGCCCGCCUUCAACUGGGCCGAGACCCAGCUGAACAUCACCAAGAACAAUAUCGACAGCCUGGUCACCGCCACCGGCCAGAACGUGACCUUGCCCAAGGAGAUCACGUCCGCAAUUUCGGCCUUCGGCAGCGUCACGCGCUGGACUGAGAUCGUCUUCAUCAUAGCCAUUGCGGCACUGGGCGUCGAGCUGUUCCUCGGCAUCUUCGCCAGUUGCAGCCGGGUCUUCUCUUGCAUCACUUUCCUCGUGGCAGGCAUCGCCACCGUGGCCGUCUGCGCGGCCGCCUCGCUCGCGACAGCCAUGUCUGUCGUCGUCGUCGGCGCCGUCGAGGGUACCGCCAAGUUCUACGGCGUCAAGGCCGAUUUCAACACUCGCUUCCUUGCGGCUGUCUGGAUCGGUGCUGCCUUCGCCAUCGCUGCCGGCCUGUUCUGGCUCUUCACCAUCUGCUGCUGCGCGCCUGACCACCACAGCAAGAGCCGCAAGCGUAGCAACUACGCCGAGUCCGAGAAAUUCAUUCCCACCGGCUCGUACCAGCCCAUCCACGCGGACCCCAGCUACCCUAGUGGGUACAACGACCGGCACUCGGUUCCUCAGUACGGCUAUGCCAGCAACGCAAACCCGCCGCGCCGCGACUUGGCGUACGAGCCCUAUUCGCACGCGAACGUGUAAUGAUGUGACUUCCAGCUUACGGUUGGGAUGGUGCAUUGGGAUGAGGACAUCCAUGGAUGCUGCUUAAGAGUGCCGGUCUCGUUAUUACUGCAUUUAAUCGGCGUUCCGGCUUUGCUCCUUUUUGGGCUUUAUGAUGAUAAACAACAGGGAGAUCAGUCAUGGGGAGAUUGGGGUUGCCUGGGUUUCUGGGUUCCUGGGUUAAGAGUUGGGAUGAUACCCCGCAAAAGGACCUUCACGAUGUGCAAAAGACUUUGAACACUUUAGAUUCUUACGCCUAUCGAUUACCCGGUAUGGCUACUUUGCUGCCUACCAUAAGUCAUAGUAGUUAGUGUUUUAUCAAACAUCAUUUAUAGCA